AUGGGAACGUUAUCACAGGCCGAUGAGGCCCAAUUGAAAGCGCAACUACAAGACGCCGUCAUCGGCUGUACAGAACGGUGUCUCUAUCACUCUGCGAAAUGGGCCGCAGAACUACUCGAUUCGCUGCCCUCAGCCGACGACGAUGGCUCGGAUACCGACGUAGAUUCCCCUAUGUCAGAUGCGCAACCUCCACAAACACCCAACCUCGUACGCAAAGACCCUACGGAAGCGCGUCUAGAAGCACGUGAAGCGCACAAGUUUCUUCUUGCUAAGACAUACUUCGACUGCCGCGAAUAUGACCGAUGCGCCGCCGUGUUUUUACCCGGUCCUCUACCCAAGGGCGUGUCACAGCCACCCUCUACGCCUACGGCAAAGUCGAAGCAGGGGGCCAAAGAAAAGGCGAAGAUGGUCACACCAUCCAAGUCCAAGCUUUCCAACGAUACAAUGAAAGGCAUCAGUCAAAAGUCGCUGUUCCUUGCGUUAUAUGCAAAGUACAUCGCCGGCGAGAAGCGCAUGAACGAGGAUAGCGAGAUGAUCCUCGGUCCUCAAGAUGGCGGCGUUACUUUGAACAAGGAGCUACCAACGGUCGCUGCUGUUCUAGAAGAAUGGUUCAAAGAUCUUCCCAACAGUGGGCGGCAACCGCAGGGCUGGCUAGAGUACCUAUACGGCAUGGUACUGGCAAAGGGAAAGAACGAGCAACUCGCUAUCGACUAUCUCAUCAAAAGUGUCCACCAAUACACCUACAAUUGGGGUGCGUGGCAGGAGCUGCAAGCACUACUGAGCACUAUGGAAGAGCUCAACAACAUCGUCACACGCCUACCGCAGAACCUGAUGACUUUCAUUUUCCACGUUACAUCGUCGCAGGAGCUCUAUGUAGUCAACGAGCAGAUUCAUACCUCACUGUCGCAAAUACUGACCAUCUUCCCCUCAUCAGCCUUUUUGAAGACCCAACGGGCCUUGUUACACUACCACAACAAAGACUUCGACGACGCCGAACAGAUCUUUUCCGACUUGCUCAUAUCAGACCCACAUCGUGUGGAUCAUUUAGACAAUUAUUCCAACAUCUUGUAUGUUAUGGGCAUGCGACCUAAGCUUGCAUUCUUGGCACAGCUUGCCACAGCGACGGACAAGUUCCGACCGGAAACAUGUUGCGUGGUCGGAAACUACUACUCGCUCAAAUCGGAGCAUGAGAAGGCAGUCAUGUAUUUCCGGAGAGCUCUGACUCUAGACCGAACCUUCCUUUCCGCUUGGACGCUCAUGGGUCACGAGUUCGUAGAGAUGAAGAACACCCACGCCGCUAUUGAGUCAUACCGUCGCGCCGUCGAUGUCAAUCGCAAAGACUACCGCGCAUGGUACGGCCUUGGUCAAACAUACGAAGUGCUAGAGAUGCACUCGUACGCCCUUUUCUAUCAUCAGCGCGCCGCUGCACUACGACCCUACGAUCCGAAGCUAUGGAUGGCGGUCGGCCAAUGUUUCGGCAAAGUGGGCAAGAUCAUGAACGGCAUUCGAUCAUACAAGCGCGCCUUAGUGGCAGGCUCAUACUAUGAUGCCGGUGUCGGUGCCUCUUUCGGCAGUGGUGAAGUUACUGGUCUCGGUGGUGGUAUCCUCGAUCCAGAAGUACUCUACCAAAUCGCUCUGCUAUAUGAGAGAAUAAAUAACAUGAACGAAUGCGCGGCGUACAUGGAACUGGUGCUUGCGCAAGAGGAAGGACCGGAUUAUGAAGAAGUGGGCUCCGAAGGCGCUGGUGGUGUUGGUGUUACUGCGACGACCAGCAAGGCCCGGCUUUGGCUUGCUCGAUGGGAGUACAUGCGUGGCAUGUAUCAGCGAGCAAUGGAACUGGCGAACGAGCUUUGCCAAGAUGGUGUGGAAGUCGAAGAUGCAAAAGCGCUAGUGAGGGACAUCAGAGCGCGUAUGGAGCGUGGCGGAGGAGAUGCAGAAGAUUGA